AUGGCCAAGUUCAUCUGUAACUUCGUGGAGAAGGCACCGUCAGUAAUGGCCGCUGCCGUGACUUACUUGAAGCCUCGAUUGGCCACAUUUUUGCACUACGCCAAGGUUGAGCUGGUUCCCCCAACCCCUGGUGAAAUCCCUACAGCUAUUCAGAGCAUGAAAAAAAUAAUUCAAAGUGCCAAAACUUGUGGCUUCCAACACCUUACAGUUAAGGAAGCCGUGCUGAAUGGUUCGGUGGCCACUGAGGUGUGGAUGUGGUUUUAUAUCCGAGAGAUCAUAGGCAAACGCGGCAUUGUUGGCUAUGAUGUUUGA